ACGGCGGCGGUAUAAGUGCCGGCCACCAAACAUUUCCAAACGCACUCGCGUACCAAACACUUCGUCUAGUCGCUUCGGUGCUCCUCUUCGCGCUAUCUCUUUUCUUUUUUUUUCUCUCUCUCUCUAUCAAUCUAUCUGUCUCUCUCUCUGUCUCUGCCUGUCUCUACUACAUCAUCUCUGUCUGUCUAUCUGUCUGUCUUCCUGUCCACGUUUAUAAGUUUUAAUUUUUUUCCCCCUAAUUCUACAAUUUUUUUUUUUUUACUUAUCCUUCUCCUUCGAUCCGCCGGACCACCGCGAUUUGUCCGUAUUUUACACAUCGAGACAUAAAAGUGCGAUCAGACAUUAUUAUUUUCCGCGUAUGAAAAUACACCGUGAAAUUUAAAAAAAAAAAAUCGUACGAGUUUAAAACCCGUUCCGCGGUGCAAAUAAUAUAAUAUAUACUAUCGUUAUAUCGACUGUAAAUUCAAAAAUACCGUAUCCGUUUCCGCGACUGAGUACACCGCCGACUGGAAGGAUCUCGGAUGACGGUUGGCCAUGCCCCGGUGCCUGAUGCCCAAGAAGUGGAAGACUGCCGUGGCCAACGAGUGUUCGUGGGACUACGACAGCAGGCGGCCGUCGUCGCCGCCUCAGCCGCAGCAGCAGACGAAAUCCAGUGGUCCACAGUGGGAACCACCGGUGACGGUGCUCUUGCACCACCAUCAGCACCACCACCAUCAGCAGCAUCACGCGUGGGGACCGUCUAGCCCGCCGGCAGGAGCCACCGCGCCGAGCCCGCCACCGUGUUGCACCGGCACAGCUUUUCACUAUCUCACAGAGUAUGCGGGAACCGUUAAAAGCGAGUACCCAACGGCCGCCGACGCGCAGGCGCCGCAGUCGGUGGUCGCCGCCAUGCCGUCCGCGCGCGAACACCAUCAUCAGCAACAGCCACCGCCGCUGCCGACGCCGGCCACCGCCACGCCGGUGCUCACCGUACUCCAGUACCAGCGGCCGCGUACUUACACCAGUACGGGAGUGGCCCUGUCGUUGCCGCCCAAGAAGAAGGACAUUUACCGGCCCUAUUCGCUGGACGAUCACAAGCCAAUAAAGUGGCCGCGGCCCGAAGAGGACAUAAGCGCCGCUCAAGCCAUACUCGACCUGAGCGCAUCGACGCCAGUGGUCGUUUGCCGGCCGCCGCCACCGCCGCCGCCGCCUCAACAACUGCAACCACCGCCACCGCCGCCAGCCACUCAACAACUUCUGCAACCACUGCCGCCGCCAACUGCUCCUCUCCAACAACUAACACCGCCACAACAACAACAACAACAGCAGCAGCAGCAAGUAGUGCACGUCAUACCGGUGGCCGUCAAACAGCAGCCGGCCGAACAACUGCAGCAACUGCGCCCGCCGCCGCCGGCCAUCGCGUUGCCGGUUCCGACCUCCGCGGCCACCAGCAAAACGGUCGCGUACACGUACGAGGCGUUUUUCGUCAGUGACGGCCGGUCGAAACGCAAGUCUUCGGCGGCCGCUGCAGCCGCCGCCGCCGCCGCGUCAUCUUCGUCGGCCUCGGCGGCCUCGUCGGCGUCCGGCGACGAGUGCGUCGUCGGCGACAAGUCAUCCGGCGGCGUGGCGGCCGCCGUCGGCGCCGACUUUAGCGCCACGUCGCCCGGCCGACCGUCCAAGUACACGUGCUCCGAGUGCGGCAAACGGUACGCCACGUCGUCGAACCUGUCCCGGCACAAGCAGACCCACCGCAGCCUGGACUCGCAGUCGGCCAAGCGGUGCAACGUGUGCGGAAAACCGUACGUCAGCAUGCCCGCGCUCGCGAUGCACCAGCUGACGCACAAACUGACGCAUGCGUGCGACGUGUGCGGAAAGAUGUUCAGCCGGCCGUGGCUGCUGCAGGGCCAUCUCCGGUCGCACACGGGCGAGAAGCCGUACGGGUGCGCGCAUUGCGGCAAAGCUUUUGCCGACCGCUCGAACCUGCGCGCGCACAUGCAGACCCACUCCGGUGACAAAAACUUUGCUUGCCCGCGGUGCUUCAAGUCGUUCGCUCUAAAGUCAUACCUGAACAAGCACCUGGAGUCAGCCUGUCUGCCCGUCGCCACCGCCGCGCCCUCGUCUCCCUCAUCACUGACGUCGUCGUCAGUGUCAUCGUCGUCGGCGUCGUCGUCGUCGUCGUCGUCUUCGUCGUCUUCGUCGUCGUCGUCGUCGUCAUCGUCGUCGGCCGCCGCCGCCACUGCAGCACAGUCACCAUCGCACCAACCACAUCACCCGCCUGCACACUUGCAUCAUCACCAACAGCAGCAACACCAUCACCAUCACACGACUGCCGCCGAAAUCACCAAUCUCAACUUGUUGCGUCCAACGGUACUGCACACUGCCUGAACCGGCGCGCAUGCGUGUCGGAAAUCCUGGUCAUUAUUGUAAUUUUUUUUUUUUACCAUAUUAUUUUUAUUAUUUUCAUAACAUUAUAUUAUUAUCUAUUCUGGUCGUACGUCAUAGUCAAUUUUUUCGGAAAUCUUUAAAAUCUAGUUCAUUUUAUUAUUAAACGGUUAGGGGUGGGUAUACAUUAUCUUAGUAUUAUUAUAUUAUUUUCACAUACAGACACUAGUCACGAGUUUCUAGUCAAUUUCUUUUCCCGCAAAUAAUAUUUAUAUGUUUAUAUUAUAUAUACCUAUGUAUAUUUUUUUUUAUUUAUAGUAACAACAUUUCAAUUCAUAAAUUUAAUAUUCUAUCGGUUUAAGUUUUUCUUUUCUUUUCUUUUUUCAUUCGCGAAAAGGGGCGUGCAAUAGCGUGUUUUGUUUUGUUUCGGCGUUACAAAGUCAAUUUUAUUUGAAUAUAUUAUUACUAUUAUUAUUAUUAUUAUUAUUAUUAUUAUUAUUAUUACUAUUUUAUUUUUAAUCAUAUCAUAUUUUUUUUUUCAUCAAGCGGACAUUAUAUUUGCAUGAAAUCUCACAUUAUUAUUAUAGCCUCUAAAUAGUCUUGAAGUUAAAUACAAAUGUGCGGUUGGUUCCUAACCUUGCCCAACCCUGUGUACAGUAUAUAGUAAUAUUUGCCAGCGGUUGAUUAAUGCGUAUAUACAUAUUAUUAUUUGUAAGCAAUGUGUAUUAUUUAAACACGUUGAAGUGUGCGGUUUUGUUCUUUUUAUAUAUAUAUGUUACAUUGUAUUAUAAUUUUAAUUCUUUUUAAUUUUAAUUGGAUGUAUACACGAGUAUAUGUCAGAGUGUGUGGUCUAGUCAUUUAGAUUAAGUAGAGUUACCACGGGAGUGGUAUGAACUAUAAUAAAAUAUAUAAGAGAAUGCGAUCUCAAAAAAAAAAUUUAAAAAAA